GAAAUUCUUCGCCACCCACUCCAAUACUCCAUGUCGACUAGUACCAUGUUGCUGCUUGUGCGUUCUUCUUUCCGCCUUCUCUUUUCUCCCCAAUCAUCGUGAUUGGGGUUCCUUGUAUUCAAAGAAUUUUUCGGUUUAAGCGCCAGAAAUUCCGGAUUAUUUUCGUCCAUAAUCACUUCCUUUCUGAAGUUGUUGGCUGUGGAAGGCCGCCGCCAUGUCAGAUCGGGGAACGAGCUCGAGCGCCUCCGGUGACACGGAUGCGGGUGCGGUGCCCGCCGCCGCCGCCCCGCUCUGGGCGCCGCACGGCCGCGCGCUCACGGGCUGCCUCGUCGUCGUCAACGUGGCGCUCGUCCUCCUCGUCUACCUCUACUUCUGGAGGGUGUUCUCCCGCAAGCGCUCCGCCGCCGACGCCGCCUCCGCGCGCAGCGACGACGACGACGACGACGGCGGCGGCGGCGCGUUGUCCUCCGCCUCGGCUCCUCCCGCGGCGGUGUCCGCGAGAACCCGGGACGACGUCCUGGCGUCGCUGCCCGUGUUCGUCGUGCGCUCAUUCUCCGCCGCCGGCGGCGGCGGCGGGGAGAAGGCGGAGGCUGAGUGCGCGGUGUGCAUCGCGGAGCUGAGGGACGGCGACGAGUGCCGCGCGCUGCCGCGGUGCGGGCACCGGUUCCACGCGGCGUGCGUCGACGCGUGGCUGAGGCUGCACACCACCUGCCCGCUCUGCCGUGCCAGCGUCGUCGUCGUCGGGGAGCGCAAUGGUGGCGUCGCGGACAUGCCGGCGGCCGUGGAUGAUGUGGACGCGCAUGUAUAGCCCCACUAGAGCGUCCGUGUGUGUGUGUCAGUGUGAGCUCUCGGCGUCAGGUUUGGUUGCUGUCGCCGCAUUGGUUGCUUUGACUUCGAUGCAAUUCGAUAAGAGGAGUAAUCUGCGAAGAAUGAGCGGCACACGGCAGCUAUCUGGUUUUCAGAAUCAUUCGUUCUAGUGCUCAUUAGUGUAAUUAUAUUGUUUCAAUUAAAUUAAGCAUAAAAACAAAACGGCUUAUUAUUGAUUAAAAA